AUGAUGGCGCAAUCACUACCACCUCUAGCUGGUAAGGUAGAUCUUUCCAAGAAACUUUCAGAGUUGCGGUCAGGUCAAGGCCGAUCCCGGAAUGCCUCAUCUCGUGAUUCAGCCCCAACCACCCCUCCUUUGCCUUCGCCGCCAGAUCUCGCCGCCAACCAGUACACCCGCCCCGUUCGCCGCAUCCUUUCCAACAAAGAUCACGAUCUAUUCCUCGCCUCGCCUACCUACAAGCUCGUUCUAGCAUUCGUCCUCGGUCUUUCUGAUUCUGUCAGAGGCCGCGCAAUUCCAGAGAAAACCAGCCCCACUUCCGAUGCCAUCUCCAAGAUCCUCAGCAUCGUAGGACGACUACGCUCUCUUGUAGAGAAACACCCCGCCUUGGACCAGGGUGGGUCGCGAUUCGGAAAUCCUGCAUUCCGUACUCUUUUCGACGAUGUGGUCACCCAAAGCCCGACAUGGCACACCGACAUUCUCGGAUUAACAGACACCGCCGCGAUCGACGAGGCAUCCACAUACUUGAUCCACUCUUUAGGCUCAAAAGACCGAAUCGACUAUGGGUCAGGUCAUGAGCUGAACUUCAUGAUGUGGCUUCUCAGCCUUUACCAGCUCGGUCUACUACCGAAAACAGAUUUCCCAGCUGUGGUCUUCAAGGUCUACCUUGAAUACAUGCAUCUCAUGCGGGAUGUACAAUCUACAUACUAUCUAGAACCAGCCGGGUCUCAUGGUGUCUGGGGUCUGGAUGACUACCAUUUCCUCCCAUUCUUGUUCGGUGCUAGCCAGCUAGUGGAUCACCCGUAUAUCACACCAUUGGGGAUCCAUAAUACUGCUUUGCUUGAUGAAGAGGGAGACAAGUAUCUCUAUCUUGAUCAGGUGCGGUGGGUGGAUAGUGUCAAGACAGUGAAGGGAUUGCGCUGGCACAGUCCCAUGCUGGACGAUAUCUCAGGUGCGAAAAAUUGGUUCAAGGUGGAAAGUGGCAUGAAGAAGAUGUUUGUCAAGGAAGUCCUAGGCAAGCUACCCAUUAUGCAACACUUUAUGUUUGGAAGUCUUCUUCCUGCAGCAGAAGGUAUGGGCGAGCUCUCAGAGGAUGGCAAUGACGGUCAGGACGACAGCCAUGCUGGACAUGACCAUGGUCCUGGACAGGCCCAUACAGACUACUUUGGUGACUGUUGUGGUAUUAAGGUCCCUAGUACAAUUGCUGCAGGUGCGGAGAUGCGCAAGCGGAUGGGCGGAUCCGGGUUGCGCCCGAUUCCCUUUGAUUAG